UACCUGCUAAACUAAUUUAAAAAAAAUUCCAUCUUGCUCGGCCGUUCUGACUUCUGCGAUGACGAGCGAAAAUGAACCGGCGAAGCUGCUUCUCCCUUACCUUCAGCGCGCCGAUGAGUUGCAGAAGCACGAGCCGCUCGUCGCCUACUACUGUCGAUUGUACGCGAUGGAACGAGGAUUGAAGUUUCCUCAGAAGGAGCGUACCAAAACCACCAAUGCCCUCCUCGUUUCCCUCAUCAAACAGCUUGAAAAGGAUAAGAAGUCGUUGCAGUUGGGGCCAGAUGAUCAUUUACAUGUAGAGGGAUUUGCGUUAAAUGUCUUUACAAAGGCCGACAAGCAAGACAGAGCUGGCCGGUCCGAUUUGAAUACUGCGAAAACCUUUUAUGCUGCGAGCAUUUUCUUUGAGAUCCUGUAUCAGUUUGGUGAACUUCAGCCCGAUCUCGAGCAGAAACAGAAAUAUGCAGCAUGGAAAGCAGUGGAUAUAAGGAGAGCUUUGAAAGAAGGAAGGACGCCAAAUCCAGGUCCUCCCGGUAGUGAGAAAGAUUACGGUGAUGAAUACGAUCUUGAACCCGUCGGACCUAAUUCAAGCAGAGUAGAUCCUUCCACAACAACUGCACCAGAUUCAGAUCAGACGUACGGCGAUAAUGUUACUUUCCAAAAUCCGACUGAUAUCUCGCCACAAUCUUCCGAUAUUACCCCUCCAAAUAUUUCGACCCCACAAAACAAUCCUACCGAUGAUUACCCGUCCGACAGUUUUCAUCAGCCUUUGCCCCAAACCCAUCCUUUUCAAAAUUAUCCAAAUUACAAAUCCGACCCUAACUUUACCGAGAGUUACCUUCCUACGGCUCCGUCACAUGUUCCUUCCUACUAUCAAGGCUCCGAUCCUCAGUAUUCAAAUUUGCCACCUCCAAAUACAUCUCAAUUCGUUUCCGUUGCGAGGAGUGGUAAUGUUCUAGAAGCUUCUUCACCGAGUACUACGCGGAAAUACGAGUACGACAGUAGCUAUGAGCCCUCGCCGGAGCAAAUAUCUGAAGCCCAAAAGGCUGCUAGGUUUGCUGUCGGUGCUCUGGCGUUUGACGAUGUUUGUGUCGCGGUUGACCAUCUUAAGAAGUCUCUCGAAUUGUUGACUAAGCCACCAGUCGGCAAGUGAAUUCGAUGCUAAAAAACAUUUUACUAGGUGAAUUUUUACAUGAUUUGAUUUCUAAAGAUAUUUGAUUGGCUUCACUGGAAUAUUCGUUUGUGCAAAUUACCAGGUGAUUUUAUCAUACUCCUUUGAUUCUUA